CUGGGAUUUGUAGUCUUGCAAAACAAGCCGGAAGCGGUUCCUGGGCCGGAUAUAGUAUCUCUUUCCGCCCCCUCUGUUUUUGUUAUGUUUCCCACGGCCCGCCCUUGUAGCCCGACAGUCCAAUAGGAUGAGCUGAAUGACAGGGGAUUGGUCCAAUGGCGUGUCGCCGUCCGCCGACGCACGGGAGGGCGCACGUCACAGCGCUGAGGAGGACGGCGGCUGCAAGCGUCGCCGCUCUUGGCGGCCCCGGGACCAGCCGUGUGACGCUGUGUAAUAUGGAUCCCCAGGUGAACCUCAGCGUUACCUUCCAAGGUGAUACCCAGACCUUCCUUGUAUCCGAUUCAUCAAAUACCACAUGGGCUGAUGUGGAGGCCAUGGUAAAAGUCUCAUUUGACCUGAAUGAUAUCCAGAUCAAAUACCUGGAUGAAGAAUGUGAUGAGGUGUCCGUCAACAGCGCAGAGGAAUACGAAGAAGCUCUGAAGAUUGCUGCAAAACAAGGACGCCAGCUGCAGAUGAAUGUUUAUGAAUUAAGAGUUCCCCCGGGCAUGUCUUCGUGUCAAGUCCCUGAGAAAUCUGAGGUGCCACCUAUUCCUGAGGAUGGGAGGAAACUGCUCUCCCCCAGCUGCAUGCUUGCUCGAACCUUGAGGCCAGACAGAGACCUAGAAAUAGCUUCUGAAAAGACCCAGAGCGAGGACCAUCCCAGCCAGGAAGCUCCCCAGUGGUUCACAAGCUACUUGGAAAAGUUCCGGGAGCAAGUGGUGCAAGAGACCGUCGAGACUCUUGAGCAGAAGCUGAGUGAGAAGCUCCUCCUUUCCAGCCGGCCCCCCAGCUCCCUGAGCAGCUCCACCCGGCACUCUCCUGAGAGCCCCCCGCCACCUGGCAACCCCUUUGACUGGCUCCUCCCCUGCAGCAACUGCCAGGCACCCAUUGUGGGUGUUCGCUACCAAUGCAGCGUGUGUCCAUCCUACAGCAUCUGCGAGUCAUGUGAGACUGGUCUAUACGCCCACGAUCCCAACCACUUGCUUCUGAAGCUGCGGAGGCCUGUCUUGUGCCUCUCAGAGACCUACAACCUCGGGCAGUUCUCCCCCCGCCUUACCACCCUGGAGCAGCUCAGGCUCCAGAAACAGAUGGACAAGCGCUUCCAGAAGGCAGAGAAGCAGCGUCUGCGAGCAGAGAAGAAGCAGCGGAAAGCAGAGGUGCGGGAACUGAAGAAGCAGCUGAAGUUGCACCGCAAGAUUCAUCUGUGGAACUCUGUCCAUGCUCUGGACGGUGUUGGUUUGACAGCUGCCAGAUCUGAGAGCCUACAACCCAAUGCACUUCGACCCCUCCAGGGCUGUCCUGUCGUUGUCCCCACACUAAGUGCCACCUUUGUGGACGAAAACUUGCCAGAUGGAACCCACCUUCAGCCCAGAACAGCCUUCAUCAAACAUUGGCGCAUGAGGAACAUGGGUAGCGUGGAAUGGAAUUCGGACACCAAGCUGAAAUUCAUGUGGGGGAACCUACGCUGGAAGUCCUCCGAGAAGAGGGACGUGAUGGUGCCUCUCCUGCAGCCAGGGCAAGUGGGGAUUGUGGCCGUGGAGCUUGUGGCCCCCCGGGCGGAAGGAACGUACACGCCUCACCUCCUGCUGUCGCACAGAGGGGAGUUGUGUUCACCCCGGGUCUGGUGCAGCAUUGUGGUGGACUCCUCCAGCCCCGACUGCCUGGAGAGCGGCAAGCAGAUGUGUUGCUUCAGCCAGAAGGGGCAGAGACCCCUUUAUGAGAAAGAAACUCUCCGGAGCCCAAAAGCAGAAGAUCCCCAGGCUGCCAUCCAGGAAGUGUUGGCCAACUCUUUCUGCUCCUCGCCGCAGAUGAAGAGCAUCACCUGCUAGAGAGAGUUUUACAUUCCAUCUGUUGACCUCCUCACAGCACAGGACUUGCUCUCCUUUGAGCUGUUGGACAUCAACAUUGUGCAAGAGCUGGAGCAGGUCCCUCGCAACAGCCCUGUGGAUUCCCAGGAAGUGAAAGGAAAGACCGAAUACCCAGCCAACCAGGAAGAAGGAGAGGAAGAUAUGAGUGGGACGCAGUUUGUGUGUGAGACGGUCAUUCGUUCUCUGACCUUGGAUGCCGCACCUGACCACAGGCCCCCACAAAAGAGAAAAUCUUUGCACACUUUCCAACAGGAGCUACAGGAUACCACUCACUAUAGCCCGAAGACUGAGGAUCCCAUUAGGAUCAAUAUCAGUUCUACUUCCACACUGCAGGAAUCAGAGUCCUCGAAUCAGGGCGCUGAAGAGGCCAAAGAGCUUGAGUUUGAGAAACUCCUGGUGCCAGACGGUGAGGAAUCAAGUGACAGAGAGGCCGACAACGACGGGCAGGAUGAAGUUCGUAGCCAGGUGUCUUCCACUUCCUCUGAGGAUUACGUGGUCAUCCUCCCAGAAUGCUUUGACACCAGCCGCCCUCUGGGCGAGUCCAUGUACAGCUCUGCUCUCUCGCAGCCAAGCUUGGAGAAAGGAGCUGAGGGCCCAGCAGGUCCCGGAGGAGAGACCCAACCCUCGGCUCACAGCAUCAAUGAUAUCCUGACCACAUCGCAGGUCCUGGAUGCCGUGCCACUGACCCCUCAGAUCAUGGGGCCCCAGCCAGUAAGGUCUGUAGACCUUUCCCAAGGUGACAGUCCUCAGGAAACAAGAUCACAAGAAGCCCGUUCAUCAGCUCCAGACCAAGUGAGAGAAGGAGUCGUUUCCAGGGUCCCACCGGCAGGAAUUGUUACCAGCACAUCAACAGUCUUAGAAUUCUCCAGAUCCAACCAAGGAAAGAGCCUCGCCGGGGGCUUGAUGAAAGGGGCCUUAUCGGUGGCCGCUUCAGCCUACAAGGCCCUGUUUGCUGGACUGCCCUCCAUUGAGCAGGCUCUUCCUGUGAUCACCGAGGAACAGAUGACGGCCUUCCUGGCCACCCUGAGCGAGAUGGGCUUCUGUGACCGUCAGCUCAACCUCCGGCUGCUGCAGAAACAUAACUGUGACAUGGCCCUCGUGGUCACAGAUCUGUUGCAGCAAAGUCACAGUGACUGGUACGGGAACCAAUACUGAGCUGCCUCCAGGGACAGAGUUGCAGGCUGCAGCUCUGACUCCCUUCUGUUCCAGCAGAGCAGAGAUUGCUUGGCUUCCACCUUUCAUUGUACCUUUAGUUUCUUUUCUCUUUGUUCUGCUAAAGUCCAAUGUAGCAUCUCCUCCCCACUCCUUUCAUGGCUCAGGCACCAGGUUUUUUUUUUACAUGAAAUAACACCUGUAGGAGGGAAAAUGUUGACUGUGCACAAGGUCACCGUGUCCUGAACCAUUUCCUACGCGUCCUCGCCCCCUCCAAGUCUGUGCGGGGCUGCUAUCAAGCCAGCUGGAGCAGGGCACUGUGGAGCAUUUUUCUCUGCCCGUGGAGGGGUCAGAUCCUUUUGAGUCCUGCCCUCCCAAGACCUCAGCUGUUUUGCAUUUUGUCUUCUGGUGUGUCUGAGAAUCUCCUGCAUCUCGUUGAAGCAAUAACUGCCAGCGUUUUCCUGUUGUGUGUCUUGGAAGGCACUGACUCAAACCUAAGAAGUGUGUUGAUUGCAUUCUAGGCUGCGUCCCCUCCCCAGUGCUGCCGUUUCCUGCCAGUUUGGUGGUAAACUACUGCAAGAGGAUCUUGCCAUUAAAAAAAAAUUAGCAACACGGAGAAUAAUAAGUAUUAUUAAAGGUUAUUAUCAGUGCAUUCAAGUAUUUGAAGGACAAAUGGCUUAGGCACACUUGGAGGGAAUCGUUAUCACUGCAGAUUCACCACUAAGGCUCCAGAGUUCUUUGUAAAGACACCGGGCGCUUGCUGUGCCCAGGUUGGGGUAUUAAAUUGAGACCUAAAUCUGAUUAACAAACCUCGUUCACAGUACUUGCUGGACACCUUUGUGGGGAGUCAAACGGGGGAAGUCGCAGUGAGAAAACAGCAUUAAAGGGGCUGCCUGCACCCCAACCUCUUUUGUCAACGGGUGCGAUCAAAGGACUGUUGCCCACCCAAACGCGAACAGUACCAAUGCUGCUGUAUAGUUUCCUUUUUAUUUAACUCUCAGGUGUUCCUAUAACUUUCUAUGUAAAAGGGAUGAACUAUAAUUGAGGGAAAACAUAACUUUAUAAAAUCAAUGCAUGGGAAGCUGACGAAUGCUGACCUGAUUGCAAUUAUUCUUCUCUCUUUGGGUGGGUUGAUGGGGAAAAUCUUGGUUAUUUCCAAAUACUUCUGCCUCAGUUUUUUUCUCUCAAAGUAGUUUUAUUUCUCUCAAUCCAAUCAGCCAGCUUCUAGUUAGCCCUGGCUUUCUUUUAGGUCCCGUAGAAUCUGAAACGUUAAAUGUUUUAAUUAUGUUGGCUUUGUAUAUUUUUGUGAGAGGGCGCAUGGAUAAUUUAAAUAGUGCAAAUAUAAGAUCUUUAUAUAUUGUUUAGAACAAGCACUUUAAAAAGUCUUUUGAGUGUGAUGGAAACAAAAUAAAAUGUGCAUUAAAUAAAAAAAAA